GUCGAAGCGUCUCGAGUUGCCACGGUAGCAGUGCUUGGCGGUUCGAAGCAAUGGCUUGAACCUGGCAGCCCAGCUGAGCUGAUCUGUGCGGCAACUGGAAAUGGUUUGGUGGAUCGUUUAGAAUGGGUCAAGGUCGAUGACGAAUUACCGCCAGAUGUUGAAGACCACAAUGAACCUGGCGUACUUUACUUUGCCAACUUUAAGUCAUCCGAUAGUGGUGACUAUGAGUGUCGAGGCUACCGUAACGAUGAGCACAUCGCAAGUGCGACUGUUACCGUAUACCCAACCAAUGGCGGUCCACUGGGCGUGGCUCGUGUGGAAAUUGACGAACCAACGAUUCGAGUCGUUAACCAAGGCGAUUCUGUUAUACUCAAGUGUACCGUCCACGGUAGGAGCAUUCACCUAUGCGAAUGA